AUGAAGACGCUCAGAUUUAUCGCUGCCGAAGCUUUUAUAUCCAAGCCGGAGUAUGCCAAGUUAAGCAUCAAAAAUGUUGCCCAUAACCUUUAUCCCCUCUUGCUGAAGGCUUGUUUCUUGCAUGAGAAAGAGGAAAUUAUCACCAUGCUAGUGGAAAACUGGCCAUUACAAGCUUUCAACUUUGGCAAACUGAUGGGCAAAACUGUGGAUUGUCCUGAAGAUCUUAGUCAUUGGGCAUGCCACCGCAGUCUAACCGCGUGCCUCAAAGGCUUGAAGAACUACGUCCUAAAUUGUUCCCCAACAUAUUCUAAAAGACUCAAAGUUUUUGACCUUACAGCUGUACGUGAUGUUCAGUUUCAACCAUGCAAGUGUAAGAAUACUUUGGGGCGGUGGGCAAGAACUCAACUGAUUUCACAGAUCUGCUUUGAACUUCUCAUUGAGCUGCAAAGACUUGAUUUUAAUCCUUCUGUUUUUGAUGUUGAGGUUGAUGUCAUGUGUAACUUGUUUGUUACAGAGAAGACCUAUGAACUUGUAGUACAAGCAUUAUUGAUGAGAUGCCAUAGUCCGUUAAAGAUCCGUUGUUUUGGCUUUGAGAAAGCUCUUUUACAUAUUAAGACUUGCUGAACCCUCUUCUAUACACAGACUUGAAAUUGUUCACAAUGUGCGCUUAGAAGUGCAUCACCUGGAAGUGCUUCUCAAUAACAUCACUUUCACUCAGCUUAGUUCAUUGACUUUACCAGCAAGAGCAUUUAAUGUUACUAAUUACACAGCAGAGGAUGACGCUGUUUUAUGUACCAUUGGAGAAAAACUAAGCCACAUGGUUCAUCUGACUGAGCUGAGUCUUUCAUUUUCUACGCUGACAGGACGGUUGAGGAAACUGCUGAGUCCACUGAACACUCCACUCAAAGUGCUGGAACUAGGAAACUGCUCUCUGAAUUAUGUAGAUCUGGCUUACCUAGCAAACAGCCUACAUGCAGAACAUUUUUAGAACAGUUGGAUCUGAGUGGUCACAACAUUGCAGAACUUUUUCCAUCAACGUUCUUUAAGCUUCUAUCCAAGGCCUCGCAGACCUUGAAGGUUCUGAUUUUGGAGGAAUGUGAUAUUGGAGAUAUGAAUAUUCAUAUUUUAGAGAUGGGACUAGUGCAUUGCCUCAAACUGUAUGAAUUCAAAUUCCUUGGAAACCCCAGCACAGCUAUAGCACUUCGGCGUCUAUUCAGAGUUUUGGCAAAUCUGCCUGUGUUGAGGUACAUUGAAUUUCCUGUACCAAAAGACUGUUAUCCUCCUGAUGUCAGCUACCCCCUGGAUGAAGCAAGCCUCAUAAAAUAUGAUCAUCAGAUAUAUGACAGUAUCAAAGAAACCCUGUGCCGAAUAUUACGACAAGCUGCUCGAGAAGAUAUACUGGUGGCCACGCCACUGUUUGGCAGUUUUGAUUCUGCAAUUGAGGAGACCAGCAGAGAAUUGGGCGCAUGUCUACUUACAUCAUUUAAAGAUGCCCUGCAGAGUUUCACUGCGUCACUGCAAAAAUUAUAG